UGAAAAUGCAAAGUAGACAGGCAGAACGGGAUUAUUCUGAGUGGAAUUAGAGCAGGGCAGGGGGGUGCCUGUAUCUCGCUGAAAACACCACCGUGGUGACUGUGAAACACAAGAAUCUCGUUUUAGCAAAGAGCCAAGGGACAGCACAGCAAACAGGCAGUGCCGAGAGAUAAAGCAGGGAGCAGGGAGGUGGUGGAUGGAGGCACACGCUGGUGCCCGGCUGGAGGAAUGUCAUGGCUUCACUUGUGAUUGGCUGGGGAAUGGAGGAGUCAGUUUUCACGGGGGCUGAUCAAAAAGUUCCCUUUUGCUUUCCCAAGUUGCUGUCUGAGCAGAGGCAUCGGGAAGAGGAGCCCGGCCGCGCUAACAUUCCUCAGGAACACUGCUUAAAUGAAAUGAGAAGGCUUCUCUGUCCAAGGAUAUACAGCCAAGAGCAGACGCCGGGAAGCUGUUUUCCUUCUUUCCUCCCCCAAGUCCUGCAGGAGUUGAGCAGCUCUCCUUCCUGGCAUGCGUCUCAUCUCUCAGGAUACUAUGUCACAGUAUUCUACUAACUUUCUCUUGCUCCCCAUACCCGAGUAUCCCGUGUUAGACUGCGUGCCUAACAAAAUCAUCAAGCUCGUGGUGCUGGGCGGCAGCAGCGUUGGCAAGACAGCCCUGGUUGUGCGCUUUCUCACAAAGAGAUUUAUUGGAGACUAUGAGGCCAACACUGGUGCUUUGUAUUCAAGAAAGUUCACCAUAGAUGGGGAACAGAUCUCUCUACAGGUGCAGGAUACUCCCUUUGUUUCAUUGGAGGAUGACACUGACAGCAUAUGUUGCCAAGAGCAGAUAAACAGAUCAAUCUACUGGGCAGAUGGCUUCGUUUUUGUUUACUCCAUCACAGACUAUGAGAGCUACAGAGUGAUCCGUCCCCUGCACCAGCACAUCCGCAAGAUCCACCCAAAUGCCAACAUCCCUCUGCUCCUGAUGGCAAACAAAGGAGACCUCCUGCGAGCCAGGCAGGUGUCCUCCAAAGAAGGGCUCCAGCUGGCCAGUGAACUGGGAGGUACUUACUAUGAAGUCUCAGCCCGAGAGAACUGUGAGGGAGUGCAUGAAGCCUUCCAGCAGCUAUGCCAGGAGGUCAGCAGGAUGAUCGGGAGCUGCAAUGGAGAGAAGCGAAGAGGCCUCCACCUUGUGCGACCCAAGUCACCAAAUAUGCAGGACUUGAAGAGACGUUUGAAACAGGCUCUCACUUCCAAAGGGAAAUCUGCCACUACGCUUUGAUGUAGCCAACAGGAAUUGCUUUCUACAGCCCUGAAAAACAGGCAAGAAAAUAAGCUGGUAAUAGGGGGCAUUGCUGCAAUUCAGCAGUCAGGUUGUGUGAGGGGCUCUUCCAGUUUGUCUUUACAUCUUCUGUACAAACCCCGCACACAUUCAGCAAAGGAACUUACAGAAUUUGCUCUUUGGGGCAAGAAACUGUGAUUUAAAAACCAGAUUGUCCCAAAUUCUUUCCUUUUGAAAGGGACACAGUCAAAUAGUUUAGGCUUAAAAUGUGGAUUUUAUUAAUAGAAAUAAUUAAAUCCUACUUUUAAGAGAAGUGACUACCCUGGGGGAUGGUUGUAUUCCCAUAGGCAAGAAACUACAGCAAGACACGAGGAGAGUGAUGUGACCUACACUGAGCAAGCAAAAUUGACCAGAUUUGCUUAAGUCACGAGACUGGAAAAUAAAGGCAAAAAGUAAAUGAAGAGCAUAAAUAGUGAAAAGUAGUAACUGAAAGCUUUAAAUUGCAGUUUAGAAGGUGUUAGCAAGGUGGGGAGAGGUUCGUGCAGAUGUAAGCUUCAGCCUCACAGUGUCUCUUCAGCCUCACAUGUUUAAAAAUCACUAUGUUUUUCAGAUUAUUUUUCUUUAAGCACACAUUGACUGUUUCUGAAAGGGAUAUGGACUGUAUUCAUCAAGAGCAAGGAGGUGAUCUAAAACUGUUGAACUUUUCCUUUCCAAACUAGGCAGAUUUCAAGCUCAAGAUGCUGUUUUAGAGAAAGAAAACCUUCAUGUAAAGUAUAUUUAAUUCAUUAGAUUCUUCUUUUUUUGAAGGAAAAGAAGAAAAGGAUUUAUGAUGCCUAAAAUCUGUGGCUUCAGGAAUUCAUCAUUUUGUUAUUUGCCUUAAGACCAGACUUUACACAAUACCUCGCAGUGCAUCCAAAUAACUGGUCUAUCCACACAUACUUCACUGGCAGCAUCCCACUGCAUUGUAUCUCAGCAUGUACAAAGGGAUUUCAAGCUGCAUCCUGUGAGUUGGCUGGUUUUAUGGUAACAAUAACAACAACGUGAAACAUCCAUCAUUCUGUGCUCGAUGAGAGUAGAAAGAAACUGGGUUGGACCAUGUGAAAGUCAUGAUGCAACAACCUUUGCUUUAAACACAACAUAUGAGCAAUUCACAGGCCCAUGAAAUGAAGUAAAGCUCCAUGAUUUACACUCAAGAACAGAGGGAAAACCCUUGUUUGAUGGAUACAGAAAGAUCCUCGCAGCUGCACUUGCAGCUGGCAAUACUGAGCUAAAUCAACCUUUUACUCAUUACAAGCAGUGAAAAUGUAAAUUGAGUCUGAUGAGUAUUUACACAGCUCAGGGCUUGAAAAUGGGGUUUACAUUUUUCUUGUCCCUAUAUUAGACAGCUCUCAUCAUGAUUUCCCUCAUCACCUGGAUUUGCUCUAUCUACAGCUCACUUUGUGGUUUAUUUAUUGUUUUCCACAGCUGGUCAGCUGGGAAUGGCUUGUGUUCUCAUUGACGUAAACUGCUCUUCUUCACACAAAAGGACUGCACCUUUUUUAGCAGUUAGUUUCAAUUGGUAAUAGGAGGGGAAAAGGAAAGUCAGAUCAUCCAAUGAAGGACUCAAACAUAUCAGAGGAUUUUUACUUUAGCUUAAGGCUAUUUAACAGUUCAAUGUUUGAACAGUGCCAUUAUUCAGUGCAGGCACUUUGGGAUGGUGUUUAAUAGCACUGAAUUUCGAUAUUUGAAAUGACUAAUAGCAAAUAUUAAAUCUGAAGAUUGAGUAACAUGAAAUAGAGCAGUGUGUGAGCCACACACAAACUGCAAAUGGUUUACAUUGAGAAAAAUGAUCCAUAUUUUGAAUAGCAAUUAAAAAUUUUACCAUCCCAGCCUGUGUGUCAGGGGACAAAUUUGCCAAAGAGAAUUUGCUGACAACCUUUGUUCUCAUGAGAGCCUAAGACAAUUCAGUGCUCUUGCUGUUCAGUUUGGUUGUAACUUACUCUUGCAGCCCUAAUCCUUUCUUAUUUGGGGAAAAAUGUUCAACAGAUUUCCAACCUUUCAAUGUUUUAUUUUCAAUAGUGAUUAAUAAAAACAUUCAAAGCCUUU